AUGGCAGCCAGGAGAGACAGUGGCAGAGCUCUAGAAGUCGCGUCGCCGUCGACCUGCAGCUCCCACCUGGAGAAGGCUGGGCGCCCUCAGAGACAGAUACACUGCAGAGCUGUCCUUAAAGUCAAACGAAAAUUGUCUUCACAGCUGUCUGGACUGUCACCUCCAAACAAAUUUGCCUCUCAGAAGACCAUUGACAAUCAAACAUCAGCAGAGAAUAGGAAAGACAUGGCAUCUACUGAGGACUCACACAUUAGAUUUGUUGAGGAUAUCACAGACAGCAGCCAUACUGACUCUGAAACAGAGACAAAUGAGUGUACAACACAUCCCAUAAUACAAACGGAUCAGGCGCUCAUGGACAGCUUGGGGCAGCUUUUCGACCACUGCAUCCAGCAAGUGUCCCACCUGGAGAUGCAGAGGAACGAGCUGAUACAAGAGCUCCUCCGUCUGCAGGAACCCAUGCUGCGAGUUGUGGAGCACCUGAGAGGGAAGCUGGUGGAGACGCAGAGGCUGCUCACUCUGGCUCAGCUGGAUUAUAUUGCUGUUUACGAGGAAGUGCAACAGGUGAAGAGGAAACUGUUUGCCACAGCCAGAGACUGCAUCCAGAGCCAGGUGACACUGGCUGCACACAAGUACGAGGUGGCUGAGUCCGCUGUUACACAGGAGGAGCUCAAGGCCCACAUCCAAAGUCUGACCCAGGAGUUGUCCCAGCUCCAGGACGCCUACCAGAACCAAGUAAACUCCCUGAGGGACCAGGCCGCUAAGCCCUGCAGGCCAAGGGCCAUGAGUGACGUCAGCCAGUGCCGGCAGGCUUCUGUCAGACUGCAGCGGCGGCUUAGCGGCAGCGUAAGGGCACUGGAGGGCUGGUACGAGCCUCGGCUCAUGGCCCUGCUGAAGAGAAGGCAGAUUGGGGAGGACGCCUUGAGAAAGAGCAGGGACCAGGCCAUGGACCUGAGGGCCAGCCUGGGGCCCCUGAGAGAGGACAUACAGAGACUGGAGGUGCAGAGAGCCUGUCUGGAGCAGAGGAUCACUCUGAUGGAGAGGCAGAGGGAGGAGAGCGUCACACAACACAAGGAGACUGUGGAGACAUUAAAAGAGACUCUGAGAGAACUACAAGUGGAGUUUGAGGUUCAAAGAAAAUCUAAGAAAGACUUGGAGGUUCAUAAGGAUGGCCUUUUAAAAGAGCUGAGCUUUCUGAGAGGCUGUGAUGAACCCAAUGAAACCACUGCAGAAGAGGAUCCCUAAUUUUCUGUUUCCAGCGGAUAUUCUUAAACCGAGUAUCUACACCAGACCAAACCUCAGCAUUGCAUUUACAUUUAAUGUCAAAAAGAUUUAAAAAAAAAAAAAAAAAC